AUGUCGUCUCGCAAAUGGUUUCACCCCAAUAUUACGGGUAAGGAAGCAGAAGUAUUAUUACGUGAACGAGGCACUGAUGGAAGUUUUCUUGCAAGACCUAGUCGCAGUAAAGAAGGGGAUUUUACUCUUUCUGUCAGACGAAAUGGAGAAGUUACACAUAUUAAAAUACAGAAUACAGGUGAUUUCUAUGAUUUAUAUGGAGGGGAGAAAUUUGCCACCCUAUCAGAACUGGUACAACAUUAUAUGGAUAAUCAGGAACAGUUAAAGGAAAGAAAUGGCGAGAUUAUUGAACUCAAGUUUCCCUUUAAUUCAGAGGACCCCACUCCUGAAAGGCAUGUGAAAAUUAAAACAAUUAAAAGAAAAUUAAGAUCAUUUUAG